AUGCCUCUUGAUUUGGAUCAAAUAGUUGAUAAUAUAAAAAAGUUAAAGGGGAAGCUCAAACAAAAUAAAAAAUCGUCGCUAUGUCAGGAAUUAUUUUCAAGUUUGAGAAAUGUGGAUAUUUCAGCACUGACAUGGAAGGAUUUUUUAGCCAAUCAGAUCAUCAGCGACGAUUCAAUACUACUGCAACAGCUAACGCCUCAAUCACAAGAAGAUUUUAUGGAACUAAAACGUAAAAUGUCUCCCCCACCUCUUCCACCAAAAAUACGAAGAAAGUGCAGUGAGUUUGUAGUAGCUUUUAAUGAGAAUCAUCAAGUCGAGUUAACGCAAAGAAUUAAACAUGAUGGGACUUGGAAGGAAUCAGAAAAACAGCUUGCGAAAGUUACAGAUAGAAUUUUAGAUACGUUGACGCUCAGAAAAGUGGAAGAUAGUUCUACGGUAUCUUCUCCACGUAGAGAAGGGGAACAAAAAAGAACAAGAAAG